AUGCCUAAUAUAGGUGGGCCAGGGCAGAAGAAGAUGAUGGUGAUGGCAGGGGUGGUUGACAGCAUAAUUUUGUAUGCUGCAAGCGUAUGGGCGGGAGCCAUGAAAGUAAAGCUGCACAGAGACAGGGUGAUAAGAACACAGAGAAGGAUGCUUUUGAGGAUUGCGCAUGCAUACAGGCCUGUCUCGACUAACGCGGCGAGCGUCAUAGCAGGUGUAAUACCAAUCGAUUUAAAGAUAGAGGAGAGAGCGAUGAUACGACGACUCGUACAAACUGGGACUAACAUGAAGGAGGCAAAGGUAAGGGCUCGUGGUACGGCCCACGAUACGUGGCAACAGAGGUGGCAGAAUUACGGAAGGUCGGCAUGGACGAAGAGGAUUAUCCCUAACAUCAGGAUUUGGGCGGAUAGGAGUAAAGGAGAAGUGACAUAUCAAAUUUGCCAAGCGUUGACUGGGCAUGGAAACUUUGGGUCAUAUUUGAAGCGCAUAGGGAAGUGGGAGCAGGUUGGAUGCCUGUAUUGCGACAGGGUCGACACGGUGGAGCACACGGUGUUUUCAUGCGGGAGAUGGGAGGCCCUGAGAGCGGAGAUGAGCGAGACGGCAGGACAGGAGGUAACUCCAGAAAAUUGGAUUGGCCUGGCCACGAGAACCGAAAGGGACUGGAGGGGUAUUAUGGGCGCGGUAGAGAAGAUCAUGACCUUAAAGGAGCAAGACCUGAGAAGGCGGGAGAGGGAGGCCGAGUAA